AUGUUACACUACACGUUUAACCGAUCAAGCACAACAGGCUAUAGUACAAAUUCAGCUAAAGAAGUUACACAUUUAUACAUCAAUGGUGAAAAUAAUUUACCAUUACAUUUAUAUUGUUUGAAAAACUUACAAACGUUAAGUAUACAAUCAUCAGAUUUAAUUCAUCUACCGAUGGAAAUUCGAAACUUACAACAAUUAAAGACAUUACAGUUCUAUAAUAACCAUAAUCUUAUGUCAAUACCUGAUGAAAUUGGUGAGCUAAAAUCAAUGGAACAGUUAACUAUUACCUUCAGUCCAAAGCUGUUACCACUUCCUCAUCAAUUUGAACAACUGACAAAUCUUCAACGGAUCGAGUUUAUCAGUUGCGGUUUUGAAGAAAUACCAAAAGUCAUUACGGAGAUAGUUGGAUUACAACAUUUAUAUUUACAUUACAAUAACGUAACAUCAAUACCAUACGAAAUAAAACGUUUAACAUCAUUACGUACAUUAUCUUUGAGUGGAAAUCCAUUAAAAUCACUUGAUGAAUUAAAAUGGUUAACUCAGUUAGCCAGUCUUUACCUACAUUAUUGUCAAUUAAAUGAAUUUCCAAUCAACAUCAAAUAUUUGACUAAUUUGAGUGAGUUAUUUAUAGGGGAAAAUAAUUUUACUGUUAUACCAAUUGAAAUAGCAAAACUUCAACGAUUAAAUACACUUAGUUUAUCUUACUCAAAGUUUACAAAACUUCCACGUGAAUUAACAUUAUUAAAUAGUUUGACAGAAUUACACUUAAAUAACAAUUAUCAUUUAUCAGAUGUAACAGGCAUUGGUUCAUUUCAAAAUUUGCAACGACUUUAUUUAUCUGACAGCAAUCUCACAAUGAUACCGAAAGAAAUUGUCAAAUUAUCAUCAACAUUGACCUCUCUGGAGUUGCAUACUAAUCAAUUAACAGAUUUGCCCCAAGAGUUAGCUCAAAUGAACCGGUUAGAAUACUUAGACAUUCGAAAUAAUAAAUUUUCAAAUACAACAUUAAUCGAAAUUAAACAAAUGUUUAAUGGAAGAAAUAUAACUGUUUAUUAUUAA